AUGACUAGCGUACUCAAAGAUAAUGUGAUGGCUGGAACACCUUUACCGCUCCUACCAACGGGUGAACAGCAAAUUAUGGUUGCGUGUCGUAUUCGACCGAUGACGGAAGAAGAAAUUCUUCAAGGUGCUAAUGUUAUUGCUCACAAAGUCGCUGAUGAUAAUAUGGUUGUUCUACUUGAUCCCGAAGAAGAUCACGAUGAUAUUCUACGUGCUAAUCGAUCACGUGAACGUAAAUAUAUGUUCGAUGUUGUUUCAGACGCUCGUGCUGAACAACAGGAAGUCUAUGCAGCUACAGCAAAACUUCUCUUAAGUAGCGUUCUAGAGGGUUAUAAUGCGACUGUAUUCGCAUAUGGCGCGACAGGUAAUAAACCAGAAAAUGAAAUUUAUUCAUUCACAUGUAAAGAAUUUCUUUCAGGAGCCGGAAAAACUUAUACAAUGUUGGGCACCGAGAAUAAUCCUGGCGUGAUGUAUCGAACAUUAGAUGAUUUGUUUGUCGAAAUUAAAAACUAUCAAGGUCAACGAGAAUAUCAAGUCUCCAUGUCGUAUCUGGAAAUCUACAAUGAACUUAUUCGUGAUUUGCUUGCUCCUUCGUCCGCUUUUCUUGAAUUACGUGAAGAUGCUAAAGGUACAAUUCAAGUUGCUGGCCUUAGUGAAGUCAUUGCCAAAACGCCUCGGGAAGUCAUGGAGAUGUUACAUAAGGGCAACCGUGCUCGAACACAGGAGCCAACAAAAGCAAAUAAAACAUCAUCAAGAUCACAUGCUGUUCUACAAGUGAAUAUUAAACAGCGCGAUGUUACGCGAUCUCAUACUGAACAAGUUCGAUUUGCCAAACUCUAUAUGAUUGAUUUGGCCGGAUCGGAACGAGCAGCACAAACUCAGAAUACAGGCAAACGGAUGAUGGAAGGUGCGCACAUCAAUCGAUCACUACUCGCUCUAGGAAAUUGUAUCAAUGCUUUAAGCGAAAAAGGAAACACGAAAUAUGUCAAUUAUCGUGACAGUAAACUAACGCGCAUAUUGAAAGAUUCUCUUGGAGGAAAUUCUCGAACAGUAAUGAUCGCCCACGUAUCACCUGCAUCUGUUCAUUUCGAAGAGUCAAGAAAUACAUUAAAUUAUGCUGAUCGAGCGAAAUAUAUCAAAACCAAAAUUCGACGAAACGUAAUCGAUGUCUCCUAUCAUAUUGCACAGUAUCAACAGAUAAUCAAAGAUCUUCGAAACCAAACUCAAUUGUUACGCGAACAAAAAGAAGAUUUAGAAACGCGUUUAUUGACUGCAAACGAAGCACGAUUCAGUCGACUCAGUGAUAAUACAACAAACGAACGUUAUCGUAUUGAAGAAGGCCUGAAACUGAAGGAAAAUAUUGUUCAAGCUUAUCGAAAACAAAUCGAUGCUCGACGAGCAUUGUUAGACAUCGAUAGCGGGCUGAUGGAUGUGAAACAUGAAUGUGUACGAAAUGAAGCGAUCAUAGAGCAUCAUGAUUCAAAUAAAGAAAAUAGUCCAAGAAAUAGUAAAAAGACAUCGGAUGAUAAUACGGCAGUUGACUCCACGAUUAGUGACAGUAGUGUUCAACGUGCCCGUGCAGAAUUACGCGUGUUAGAACAAGAACGAGUGAAAUUAGAGAAACAACGGAAAGUUCAAUUGAAAGACUUCGAGACGGCAAAAAGUGAUGCGCGUCGUUUGCUUGAAAAAGUAACAAAGAAAAUGACCAGUGUGGAACAACGGGAGUUGCUAAAUCUACUCUCGCAAAAUUUCGAACAUGAAAUGAAAACAGUUGAACUACAAGCGGAGAUCUUCGCUCGCGAACAUAUGAUAAAAAACAAAGAUUUACAAUUACUGCGCUUGUCGCAACAUAAAAGUUUAUGCGAUACAAUCAUUUAUCAACAACGGCGACUCAUUCAAGAACACCAACUUUUGGUACCAGGAGAUUUGGAUGAACUCUAUCAAUUAUAUUCCCGAGAUAUUGAUGAAGGUUUACUUCUUCAUGAUUUGAAAACUCAUGCAGUACGAACGACAACCGGUGCCAAUGGUAAAUCGACGCUACCAUUUCUCUCACAAAUAGCUGAAGAAGAUCUAACUAGUGCAUCGACAUCUGUAACAAGUUUUCAUUUAUCGUCGAAUAAUUCUCGACGAAAUCAACUCGCCCCAAGCUUACCAGCCAAUCGAACUCUAUCAGAUCAAGAUCUCUUCACUCCUGUCCGCAAUGACAAAAAUCAUCAUGACAGCAAACAGGAUUCCUCAGCCGCCAAAACUAAACCAAUCUCAUAUUCACAUUUCAAUUUCGAUCAAUCGUCAAGGCAGCAGUUAACCAAAGGGAACUCUCUUGUUAGCAUGAGUUCUGAGAGUGUCGAUAUGCCUGUAACUAAGAAUGAAACUAGUUUCACACGUAGCAAAAACCAUCUUGCACCGCCUGCGAAUGAUUCAUCCAAUCAUCCAGUGAACAAUCGCACUAAACUAAGAAAACAAACACAAGACAUUGCAGCGAAAGCAGCGCAACGAAGAGCGAAUCUUCAUCACAGAGAAUUAAUGGAAGAUAUGGGUACUACUGCAUCUCGUGAUCCGAUUGUAUCUAAAGAAAACGCAGCAAGUAUCUACGGAUUAGAAAUCACUCCUGUAAAACCGAAAAAAACGGUAACAAUCAAUGAUUCCGCAGUAAAUCGAAAUCGAACGAAUGAUCUUCGGCGAACUAAUUCCGAUUCUCCUGAACUGAUACCCAUUGAACCAACUCUUCCGACAACAAACUAUCGUGCAACAAAAACUCAGCCAAAAAAGCGAUCAAUCUCUCAUGGCUCGACAUUAAACAAUCGUUCGACAUUACCAAUCGCAAACGUAGUUGUCCCACGGGAACAUUUUUAA